AUGGAGCCUUUAUAUGAGGAAUACCUAGCAAACUGUGGAACAACAGUAAAACCUUACUACUGGCUUAGCUUCUCUCUAGAUUGUUCUAAUUGCCCUUACCAUAUUCGAACAGGUGAAGAAGCAAAAGUUGCCUACACAGAACUUUAUCAGACUUUUGGAUUCGCUUAUGGGCCAGUGCAUCCUCAAACAAAACACCUCUUAUUUUAUGAACUAAAAACUUCUUCUGGCAGCCUGGUGCAAAAGGGCCAUGCUAGUAGUUGCACUGAGAGCCAUAUUCAUCCAGAAUCAAUGCUAUUUCAGACAAAAAGUUAUCUUGACUCAGCCUUAUACAAUAACGAUGGCAUCAGGCACAUCAUUCUGUAUUCCAACAACUCUCCUUGUAAUGAAGCUACCCACUGCUGCAUCAGCAAAAUGUACAAUUUCCGGAUGACGUAUCCAAACGUUAUUCAUAGUAUUUACUUUUCUCAGCUCUAUCGCACUGAGACUGACUUUCCUGCCUCAGCGUGGAACCGUGAAGCUCUCCAGAGCCUGGCCAGUUUAUGGCCGCAGGUCACUUUGAGUCCAAUAAGUGGUGGGAUUUGGCAUUCUCUCCUCAACAACUUUGUGAGUGGUGUCUCAGGAUCAACCGUUUUCCAGCCUAUUUUACCUGGAAGAGCACUGGCUGACAGGCACAAUGCGUAUGAAAUCAAUACCAGAGCAGGAGUGAAGCCUUAUUUCACUGAUGUUCUUCCCCAGACAAAAGAGAAUCACAACCUAAAAGUUCAGUCAGCUUUAGAGAGCUAUCCCUUAAACAAUGUCUUUCCCAGAUAAUUUUUUCCAGUGACAAGUGGACAGAUACUACCCAGCCUGAUCCCAGACCCCAGGAUUCCUAUCAUUUUUGUGCUGGUGCCUUUCAGAGACCUACCACCAAUCCAUGUGAAUCAAAACCCAUCUAAACCCAGGAAUGUUGUAAGGCACUUAAACAUGCCUCAAAUGUCGUUCCAAGAAACCAAGGACCUCUGGAGACCUCCCACUGGAAAGACAGUGGAGAUAGUGGAAAUCACAGAACAAUUUGCAAGUAGCAAAGAGGCGGAUGAAAAGAAGAGGAGGAAAGGGAGAAAAUACAAUCUACAUCUCUACGGCCUGAGAUCAAAUAAUUAUCAGAGAACUUCAUACAUAGCAAGAAAAAUCUAG